AAGGAAAACCUCCAUGCCACCUACCGCUAGCUGCAAAUCAGUGAAGUCCAGUAGUCCACCUACCGCACAACAAACUGAGUGUGCUAGAGAGCCAUGGCUAUGGAGGUUCUGUACCCGUUCUUCCUCUGCCUCGCCGUGCUCACCGGCAGAGCAGUCUCCGCCCCACCACACUCGCAGUGCCACGACAACCCGCCGGACAUGACGGCCGCCAGGGUCGAGGCGGGAAAAGUCGUCCAUGACUUUGCUGGCUACACGGCUUACGUUACCGGCGCCAUCCACUCCGACCGGGCCGUUGUCCUGGCCUCCGACGUCUACGGAUUCGAAGCGCCGUUGCUGAGGAAGAUAGCAGACAAAAUUGGUGAAGCUGGAUACUAUGUCGUGGUCCCUGAUUUCUUUAAUGGGCAACCUUUAACGGGGGCACCAGGUGAAAACCUCACACAAUGGCUCAGUGAGCACUCUCCGGUAAAAGCUGCUCAAGAUGCUAAACCAAUAUUUGCAACCUUGAGAAAAGAGCGAAAAUUUAGUCUUGGAGUUGGAGGAUACUGUUGGGGUGGAAAGUUCGCAGUGGAGGUAGCGAAAAUGAAUGAGGUGAAGGCAGUUGUCAUCUCCCAUCCUUACUCAGUCAUUGUCGGUGAUAUGAGAGAGAUCAAGUGUCCCAUUGAAAUCCUUGGAGGCGAAUAUGACCAAGCUACACCACAAAAGUUCAUAUAUCAGUUUAUGAAUGCCCUUCGCAAAAGAAGUGACAAGAUACCUUACUUCGGGAAGAUCUUUCCAGGAGUUUGCCAUGGCUUUGCUUGUAGAUACAAUGUCACCAACCCAUUCGAAGUCGAAACCGGUGAACAAGCUCUUGCCCUAAUGGUUGGAUGGUUCGAGAAACAUCUGAAAUGACAAAUGCUAAUCAUAAAGGUCAGAUUGAUCUGACCUAUUUAGUUUCUAUAUCCAUGUAAAAGUUUCCAACACAAUAUUUAUGUAAUUGCAUAUUCAUAAACGUAAUGUACAUGAAGACGUGGAUAUUGGAAGUACAACACCUGUGAUGAAUGAUGACUUUUGGGAAA